AUGUCGUUUUCUUAUGAUUAUUCAGAGGCCCAAGCUCAACAACAGCAGCAGCAACAAUCACAGCCUCAAGCUGCUGAUAUCUCUGUUUCCAACUCUGGUGAGCCCAAGGUCGAGCCUUCUUCUGUCACUACUGAUGCUAGUGCUGCUGGUACUGCCGGUUCUGCAUCGUCUGCUACCACUACUGGCGCUGCUGGUUCCGUUGGUUUAGAUGCUAAUGGAGCUGGUUCUGUUGUUCCCCCUGGUACUUCGACUUCUCCUGCUCUUGUUGCUGGCUCACCCCCUACUGCUUCUUCUGAUAGCAAGUCUACUCUCUGGAUGGGCGAACUUGAGCCUUGGUACGAUGAGAAUGCUAUUGGUAAGAUCUGGCAAAACUUUGGUGAAAAUGUGACUGUCAAGCUGAUCCGUGAUAAAUACUCUGGUGUCAAUGCUGGCUACUGUUUUGUUGACUUUGGCACUCCUCAAGCAGCUGCCAAGGCUCUUAGUCUUAAUGGCCAGCCUAUCCCAAACAGUCAACGCGUGUUCCGAUUGAACUGGGCCUCUGGUGGAGGUUUGAUUGAUAAGCGCGAUGACCGGGGCCCCGAGUUCUCGAUUUUUGUUGGCGAUUUGUCUCCCGAAGUCACUGAAUUCAACCUUUUACAAUUGUUUCAAUCGCGCUAUUCGUCUUGUAAAUCGGCCAAAAUUAUGACCGACCCAUCGACUAAUGCCUCGAGAGGUUACGGUUUUGUUCGUUUUAAUGAUGAGACUCACAUGCAAAGAGCACUUGCUGAGAUGCAGGGCUUCUUCUUGGGCAAUAGACCCAUUAGAAUCUCAACUGCCACCCCCAAGUCGAAACCAGGUCAAAACGGUUUGGUAGGCAACUCUGGUAAUGGAGCUGGUCCCAAUGUCGGCGGUCCUGGCGGCUUAUAUCAUCAAAUGGGCAUGGGUGGCCCUCCACCACCUGCUGGCUACUAUGGUACUCCUCAGACACUAAACCAGUUCACGGAUCCUAAUAACACCACUGUUUUUGUUGGUGGACUGUCAGGUCAUGUUACUGAGGACGAACUCCGCAGAUAUUUCGCUGGUUUCGGUGAUAUUACCUAUGUUCGUAUUCCACCAGGCAAGGGCUGUGGAUUUGUUCAGUUUGUCCAGCGCCAUUCUGCCGAAGCCGCUAUCACUCAGAUGCAGGGAUAUCCUAUUGGCAGCUCCCGCGUCCGACUUUCUUGGGGAAGAUCUCAAAAUGCUGUUGCUAAUGCCGGUCUUAACGGCCUUCCGGGCGGUCCUGGCGGUAAUAAUGGUCCUCCCCCUGGUGCUUACAGACCUGCCCCUCCCCCACCAAAUGUGUAUCCUCAAUUGAACAUUCCAGCACAACCUCACUACGGUCCAUAUGGACCCAUAAACCCACAUGUGCAGGGACAAGUUGAUAUCCACGGUCAGCAACAACAGCAACUUGGAGGUCCCAUUCCUGGUGUCGCUGGCGCUGCUGGUGCUGCUGGUCCUGUUCCUGGUGUUGCACAAGUCAAUAACGGAGCCGAUCCACUGCUCCCACUUGGCCAAGACCCCUCUGAGCCAGUUCCUGUCGCUCGUCUUAACGAGCUCUACCUUGCUGCCCGUGACGGACGUCUGGACAGAAUGGACGCUGAUGGCCGCGGAUACCAUGGAGUCUACGCCCAAUAA